CGCGUAAUAAUCCAAGCAGUGUGCAUCGAUUUGUUCAAAGUCGAAAUGUUUUCUGCGUUGAAACUCAUUGUGGUAUUGGGUCUCAUUUCUUUUGGUUUCACUGAGGCCGCUGAGAAAAAAUGGUGGGAAACAGCUUCCUUUUAUCAGAUAUAUCCUAGAUCUUUCAAAGACAGUAAUGGUGAUGGUAUCGGAGAUUUGAAUGGUGUAACUGAGCAGUUAUCAUAUCUCAAAGAAAUUGGUAUCACUGCCACAUGGCUUUCACCGAUUUUCACUUCGCCUAUGGCAGAUUUUGGUUAUGACAUUGCCAAUUUUACUGAAAUUGAUCCCAUUUUUGGCACAAUGGAAGAUUUUGAUGCAUUGAUAACGCGUGCUAAGGCAGUUGGUGUUAAAAUCAUACUUGACUUUGUGCCAAAUCAUUCAAGUGAUGAAUGCGAAUGGUUCAUAAAAUCUGCUGAAAACGAUCCGGAAUACAAGGACUUUUAUGUAUGGCAUCCUGGUAAAAUAAUCAAUGGCACACGCCAUCCACCCACCAACUGGAUAAGUGUUUUCCGAGGUUCCAUGUGGACUUGGAAUGACAAACGUCAAGCAUACUACUUGCACCAAUUUCAUGCCAAGCAACCUGAUUUAAAUUAUCGCAAUCCAAAAGUGCGCGAAGUGAUGAAGGAUGUAUUACGAUUCUGGUUACGAAAGGGUGCAGCUGGGUUCCGUGUCGAUGCUAUACCACAUGCCUACGAAAUCGAAGCUGAUGCUGAUGGCAAUUGGCCUGAUGAGCCACGUAAUGAACUUGUCACUGAUCCUGAAGACUACACAUACCUUGAUCACAUCUAUACUGUUAAUCAACCAGAAACCGUUGAACUUAUAUACGACUUCCGUAAAGUCUUAGAUGAACUCAAUGAGGAAUUGGGAGGGGAUGAACGCAUACUUAUGACAGAAGCAUAUGCACCACUAGAUGUUAUAAUGCAAUAUUAUGGCAAUGCAACAGUGGAAGGAGCACAAAUGCCGUUUAAUUUUGAAUUGAUAAGUUACUUAGAGAAAGAUUCAGAUGCAAAUCACUAUGCGGAAUUAAUCAAUGGUUGGCUUAAUUUGAUGCCUGCCGGACGUACUGCAAAUUGGGUGUUAGGUAAUCAUGACCGAAACCGUGUUGGCACACGAAUGGGCGAAGAUCGCAUAGAUAUGAUGAAUAUUUUGUUAUUCACCUUACCCGGUUGCAGUGUUACCUAUAAUGGUGAAGAAAUUGGCAUGACAGAUGUUUGGAUCUCAUGGGAGCACACAGUUGAUCCCCAAGCUUGUCAGUCAAAUCCAAAUGAAUUCGAGCGACUUACACGCGAUCCGGUUCGUACACCCUUCCAAUGGAAUGACGGCCAACUUGCCGGUUUUACUACUGGUAACAGUACGUGGUUACCUGUAUCCGACAACUAUAAAUUAGUGAAUGUGAAGCGUGAGCGUGGCAUAACAAUGAGUCACUUGAAUAUAUUUAAACAGUUGCAGACUUUGAGAAGCGAAACUACUAUGCGCAAUGGUGAUGUCGAAGUAAAAGCACUUAGUGAGAAUGUCUUAGGCAUCAAACGAUCAUAUGGUGGUCAAAAGACUUUCGUUAUUUUGCUAAAUAUUAUGAAUCACGUAGAAUCAGUGAACCUAAACGCCGCUUUUAGUAGUUUAACUAAUGAGCUCACAUAUGAGCUAGUAACCGAUAAAAGCCCUCGACGCAAGGGCGAUAAGGCCUACACGGACUCGAUUUUGUUAAUGCCUAAGGAAGCUGUAGUACUAAGCACCACAGCCUAACAUUUAAUUUUUUAUUUUUUGGAAUACUCAGUUUUAUUUUAAAAUAAAGCACACGCGAUUAUAUAUGCGCUCAAA